AUGGCGAUCGAGGAAGUGGGCGAGCGCGGGGGCCUUCGAGGGAGGAUGGCGGGGAAGCUGAGGGCACUGAAGAAGAGGAUGCAAGCUGAUAGAAUGAGCAUGCCGUUCCAGCAGCAGACGAGCCUGGAUGUGUUGCAGAGACUGCUCGAACAGAGAGGAAGAGAGAACGAAUUCAUGGAAGUGUUACAACUCUUCCCUGAUCUGACCUUGUCUGAGAAGCUUCAGAUGAACAGGCACUCUCUCCUCGCGGAGUGCAAACGAUUCGUCCGCGAGUUCUCCUACAACAAAGAUUCGAGCAGAUCGGAGCUCCUUCGGCAUGCAAACUCCAGGAACCAUGGAGGGGACGUGCUGCGCUCCCACCUGCAGGAUCUUAGCCCGGACUUGUCCCAGAAGCUGGAGGGUUCUCGUAGCCAUAGCACGCCCACGGGUCUCCACACGGGGACGGGAAGCUCCCAUACCUCCAGGUCGAUCUCAAGAGAAAAUCGCUCGAAAUCGCAAGAUCCCGAGAAGGAGGCAGCAAAUCGGACAGCGCCGCUCGGGUCAGUCCUUCAACUUCGAGACGUCCGUACCCUGCUGUGUGUAGCAGAGCCAACGCUCUUGAUUCGUCGAGGAGUUUUCGUAAUCAGUUUUUCGUCUAUUCGUGCACUGAUCACCUGCAAGAAGGCCAUCUUUGUUUUCCCUGAUGGUGAUGACACACAGCUCAUUCACCUGCUUGCAAAACUCCGUGAAGAACCUCAGGACAAGCAGGUCAAUCUCCCAUUUGAGCUCAAAGUUUUGGAAGCAAUCCUGCUCGUGUUUGUUCAAGUUCAUACGACUGCUGUGGACAGCUGCUCGCAAGAUUGUAAAGUUCAGCUGAAAAGCUUGAAGUCGGCAGUCACAGCAUCCAUGCUCAAUGAGAUGUAUGUCUUGAAGACUCGUGUGGCACAGGCAGUGCAGCAGGUGCAGGUAGCUAAAGAUGAGCUGGAGAGGGUUCAGAAAGACGAUCAGCUCAUGGCGUUGAUGAACUUGACUGAAAUGUACAACGACACCGAGAGUUACACUGAUCACAUUGAGGUUCUCCUCGAUACCUACGCGUACGAGCUCGGCAAUCUCAAUUCGAGGUUGACGCGAAUCAUUAAACAAAUCGAUGCCACAGAAGAUCUGCUCAAUCUGCGACUUGAAAAUGUGCAGAAGAACACCUUCAUUGCAAACGCUUUCUUCCACAUGAUUUUAUCCUUCCUCGGGUUCCCCACGGCAAUCGCCGGCAUCUUUGGCAUGAAUUUGUGGUCGGGGUUGAAAUUUGAUCUGUCGGGUCCCAUGAACAAGGGCGUCAAUUUCACUCCUCCUUUCUACCCGGUGGAUCAGUACGACAACGACAAGAACCUAGGCAUGCAAGCAUGA